AGCAGUUUGCAUGCGGGCACCUUCUUUUACACUUUGAGAUUGUCAACAAUCCCAAAGAUUCAGCAGCUCAAAUGAGUUAAGUAGGUUCUAGGUUGUAUUAUUUAGGACAAACAAGAGAAAAGCUUAACAACCUGGCUAAACAACAGUCUAUAUAUAGUCUCCUCGUUGAAAGCGAUCUGCUCUGUCUGACUCCAUGGGCCACUAGCGAUGGGAAUACAGACCCGGACCCUACCGUUGCUCCUCCCCUUCCUGCACUCCUCCCCCCGUCAUGUGGCCCAUCGACGCUCAUUAAAACUUUCAGCCAAUGGCAUCCUGCCAACACACAGCCACACCCUCCUGUGUCGCCAUUUUAGCAACGGCAGCUCUGCCGCCCAGCCUGUAAUUGGUCAAGACUCUGUGGAGGUCCUAGGCCACACCUACCCCCGCGAUGACGUCACCAAUAUUACACCCAAGAUCCUGGCCAAAGUUGGAAGGAAUCUCCACAAUCAAUCCCAUCAUCCUCUCUGGCUCAUCAAGGAGAGGAUCAAAGACCAUUUUUAUGGUGCCUAUACCGGUCGUGGGAACCCCUUGUUCUCGGUCCAUGACAACCUGAGUCCUGUUGUUACCACCGAGCAGAACUUUGACAGCCUUCUGAUCCCAGCUGAUCACCCCAGCAGGAAAAGAGGCGACAACUACUUCCUGAACAGGACUACGAUGCUCCGUGCACACACAUCUGCCCACCAGAGGGAGCUAGUGAGGUCGGGCCUGGAUAGGUUCCUAUUGGCUGGAGAUGUAUACAGGCGGGACGAGAUCGACGCCACUCAUUAUCCCGUCUUCCAUCAGAUGGAGGGCGUUCGGCUGUUCACUAAUCAUGAGCUGUUCUCGCGGGUGGAGAACGGCGAGGACCUGUCUCUGUUUGAGGCGGGUGGCAGACGCACGGCUCAGAAGCAGCAGUGCCACACGCUGGAGGCCGUGAAGCUGGUGGAGCACAACCUGAAGAGCACCCUGACGCGGCUCGUCACCAGUCUGUUUGGGAAAGAUCUGGAGGUGAGAUGGGUGGACUGCUACUUUCCCUUCACACAUCCCUCCUUUGAGAUGGAGGUGCGUUUCCGUGGCGACUGGCUGGAGGUUCUGGGAUGUGGAGUCAUGGAACAAGAGCUCGUCAACUCAGCGGGGGCAGGCAAUAAGCUUGGCUGGGCGUUCGGCCUGGGCCUAGAGCGGCUUGCCAUGGUGCUCUACAGUAUACCAGACAUCAGGCUCUUCUGGAGCCAGGACCCACGCUUCCUCCAGCAGUUUGUCCUGUCUGACAUCCACCAGCCAGUCAGCUUCCAGCCUCUGAGUAAGUAUCCAGCGCUCCAUAAUGACAUCUCGUUCUGGCUCCCGGAGGACGAGCGAGGCCGGGAGGCAGGGAGAGAGAGUGGGCGAGAGAGGUACACAGAGAACGACUUCUACGAGCUGGUGCGUUCCAUCGGGGGCGACCUGGUGGAGAAGGUCACGCUGGUGGACAGCUUCUCCCAUCCCAAAACUUGUGAGGGGAGACGGCACAGAGCCCGGGCCGGGAACCAAACACCGAGAGGGGCUCGUCCCCGCUCAGCGGUGAGUCAUUCCCCGUCUCGGUACGGAGAUAUUCCGCUGAAGCAAGACGUUCGCGUGAGUGACUUUUAGAAAGGGAUUAAUGAAUGAGAGUCACUGGCCGGUCUUCACAGAGUUGAUUUGAAACCUUUACAG